GGAGAAGUGGCGCCUUGUCACUUUAAGGAGGCCGGGCCGGGCCAGGGGAGGAGGAAGCGGAGCCGGACCUCAGGUUGGCAGCUGGACGUUGCCCGGGGGUUGCCCGGGGGUUGCCCGGAGGUUGCCCAGGAGGAAUCUCCUGGGACAGGACAGUGGUCUGCAGAGCAGCUCCAGGAUCAUGCGAGGGGCAGGCCGCCCGAUCAACCCAGAGCCUUACGAAACCCAACGGCCUCAGCAGGGUGAGCAGCCGUCCCGGGCCCUUCCCGGGCCCCGCCGGAGGAAGUCCACGGACCAGCGGCUGCCGGCGUGGCGAUGAGGGGCCGGAGUUUGCUGUGGGCCUCGGCCGGGGUCGCGGGGGCUUCCGGGGCCCCGGACCUCUGGAGAGCCCCGGAAGGGGCCGUGGAUUGCCGGGAAGCGAGCGGCCUGGCCCCCGCAGAGCGGUGCCUUUUCGUGCGGACUACGCCCGACUGCCAGACCGACGGCGGCUUCCUCAACUACCUCGAUGGGGCCUACUGCUUCUUCCCCCCGGCCCUGACGCCCCUGGCCGUCUCCCUCUACGCUGUCUGGCUGCUUUACCUCUUCCUGAUCCUCGGAGUCACCGCUGAGAAGUUUUUCUGCCCCAACCUCUCCGCCAUCUCCACUACGCUGAAGCUGGCCCACAAUGUGGCAGGCGUCACCUUCCUGGCCUUCGGGAACGGGGCUCCCGAUGUCUUCAGUGCAGUGGUGGCCUUCUCUGACCCCCGGACCGCCAGCCUGGCCCUGGGGGCCCUCUUCGGCGCGGGGGUCUUCGUCACCACGGUGGUGGCCGGCGGAAUCGCGUUGGUCGGACCCUUCCGGGCCGCCUCCCGGCCCUUCCUCCGAGACACCGUCUUCUACCUGGCUGCCGUCUUCGGGACCUUCACCGCCCUGUACCUCGGGAGGAUCACUCUGGCCUGGGCCCUCGGUCAGUGGGAGCCGCCCCGGGGGCCCGGAGGGUCCGGAGGGCCGGUGGGGCCAGGAGGCUACCUCGGGCUCUACAUCUUCUACGUCGUCACUGUUGUCCUCUGCACCUGGAUCUACCGCUGGCAACGCGACGCAGCCCUGCCCCGUUCUGCCCCCGGCACCCCGGAGCUCCUGGAGGGCUCGGAUGACGGAAGCCCCUCCGUGGCCCACAGCUAUGAGUACGAGGAUGAGUUCCAGCCCCUGCUCCCCUACGAGGAGACGACGGGGCAGAUACUGUGCCAGGCCAUCAACCCCCUGGACUACCGCACGUGGCGGAGGAAGCCCUGGUACUGGAAACUCUUCAAAGUUUUGAAGGUGCCCGCGGAGUUGGUGUUGCGGCUCACGGUGCCCGUGGUGGACCCCGACAAGGACGAUCGCAACUGGAAACGCCCCCUCAACUGCCUCCAUCUGGUCAGCAGCCCCCUGGUGUGUGCCCUGACCCUCCAGUCCGGUGCCUACGGGCUGUUUGAGAUCCAGGGCGUGUUUCCAGUGUGGGGCGUGGUUGUGAUCGCGGGGACCUUUGUCGCCACCGUCACCUUCUUCGCUACAUCCAACAAGGAGCCCCCAAGGUUGCACUGGCUCUUUGCAUUCCUGGGCUUCCUGGUCAGCGCGCUCUGGAUCAACGCAGCAGCCACCGAGGUGGUGAACGUCUUACGGACUCUAGGAGUCAUCUUCCAGUUGAGCAACACCGUCCUGGGCCUCACCUUACUGGCCUGGGGCAACAGCAUUGGGGACGCCUUCUCCGACGUGACGCUGGCCCGGCAGGGGUACCCGCGGAUGGCCUUCUCGGCCUGCUUCGGGGGCAUAAUCUUCAACAUGCUGGUGGGAGUGGGGCUGGGCUGCGUCCUGGAGAUCACCAGGAGCCACGAGAAUGUGAAGCUGGAGGUGGACGGGCUCGUGGCUUGGGUCCUGGCGGGGGCCCUGGGCCUGAGCCUGGUGUUCUCCCUGGUGGCGGUGCCCCUGCAGUGUUUCCAGCUGGGCAGAGGCUACGGCUUCUGCCUCCUCCUCUUCUACGUGGCCUUCGUCAUCGUGGCUCUGCUCACCGAAUUCGGGGUGAUCCGACCGGCUGCCGGCUGAGCCCACCGGGCGGGGACCCAGGAGGGACCCGACGGCGCCCCCGAUCUCUGCCCCCUCCCCCAGACCGGAUCUCUGAGACGACGACGACCGCGGAGCUGCGGGCUGGAGCGGUCCCCUACCCGCCACGGGCCGCCGGUCUCUCGGCUUCCGCGUGGACGCUUCACCCGAGAGAGGCAGGGGCGCGACCCGCUCCGGGACCACGAGCGGAUGUGGCCUGGUAAUCCACAGGAGGGAGGCCGGAGAGGGCCGGAAAACAGAGACCUCUCCCGCCGUCCACCGCUGGGUCAGGAGGCCUGAAGACCUCAUCGCUCAGGGACCCCUGGAUUUACUGGGGAGGAGGGAACGGGGAGAAGGACCGCUGCAGAUAGGCGUACAAUAAACAGACAUCGAACCUAG